AUGGCAGAGGGCUCCGAGAAGGUGCCCAUCGCCCGAGCGGGGCCCGACGACGUGGAGCAAUGCCUGCCCCCCGCGUACACGGCGGCGGCGCCCCCCGGGCCGGGGCGGCUGCUGAAGGCGGGCGCGGCGGUGCUCAUCGCCGGGGCCCUCCUGCUCCUGGCCGGGGCCAUCGGAGCCUUCUACUUCUGGAAAGCGACCGAGCGGCAGGUUUAUAACGUUCACUAUACUAUGAGUAUCAAUGGAAAAGUACAAGAUGGAUCAAUGGAAAUAGAUGCUGGGAACAACUUAGAGACCUUCAAAACAGGAAGCGGGAACGAAGAGGCUGUUGAAGUUCAUGAUUUCCAGAUUGGCAUAACUGGAAUCCGUUUUGCUGAAGGAGAAAAGUGUUACAUCAAAGCUCAACCAAAAGCUCACAUCCCUGAAGUUGAUGCUAUGACUAAAGAGAGCCUCUCAUCUGAUCUGGAAGAUGAAAUCAUGCCUGUUAAAUUUGAUGAAAACUCCCUUAUCUGGGUGGCUGCAGAUGAGCCUAUCAAGGAUAACAGUUUCCUAAGCCUCAAAAUUUUAGAGCUUUGUGGAGAUCUCCCCAUUUUCUGGCUUCGACCAAUGUAUCCCAAAGCUAACCAAAGGGAAAGGAGAGAAAUAAAGAGGAAAAUACGCCAAUCAGAAUCAAACUUUGAUACGGAGGAACUGGAAGCUGCUACUGAAGAAGUAAAUACGAGGUCUCCCACCACACAACUGAUGCAAGAGCUUGAUCAUCAAUCUAAUGAGACCAGGCCAAUGGGACAAGAAACCGAUCAAACGCUUAAUCCAGACAAUCCAUAUAAUCAACUGGAAGGUGAAGGGACAGCUUUUGACCCCAUGCUGGACCACCUAGGCGUGUGCUGCAUCGAGUGCCGACGAAGCUACACGCAGUGCCAGAGAAUCUGCGAGCCUCUCAUGGGCUACUACCCUUGGCCCUACAACUACCAAGGCUGCCGCACUGCCUGCCGAAUCAUUAUGCCCUGCAGCUGGUGGGUUGCUCGUAUCAUGGGUGUUGUGUGAUUAAAAAAAAAAAAUAGCACGCAGAUCUCUGACAAAAUAAGCAGGAGUACAGCGACGACAAACUGAUAAGGGCCCGACAGCCAAAGCAGCAUUACCAAUCCUGGAUUUCUAAAAUCCGCGUGUCUUAUGUGUUAACGUACCGAAAGCGAGGUCAGUUAUUCCAGCUGUAAAUAAAAUCU